UACACGAACACUGUUUAAUAUUGAAUGCUUGAACGGAAAAGCGAUAAAGAAGCAUUCACAUUAUCCAGCAGAAGAUGAAAUUCUUCUUUUACCGGCAACACAAUUCGAAGUUGUGGGUAGAGUGCAGCCCGCUGCCGGACUCAACAUUGUUCAAUUGCGAGAACUAAUACCUUCCAUUCUAUUUUUAAAACCGCCAUUAGGUUAUUCUGCACUUUCCACCCAGGACGCUACACCAGAAACAUUGCCACAACCCCCAAAAACCACAAAAGCAGGCAAUAAGGACAUUUCUGCGGACGUCGAUAUAUCACUUUCAGACAAUCUCCAAAAUGUGAGACUAUCAGAAACCGAAAAAGAAAUGGUAGCAACAAUUCUUUCUCAUUCCAGAACAACACUGAAUAUUAGCUACAACGCGAUAUCAUCUGAAGGUGGAAAAGCAAUUGGAGAAGCAUUGAAAGUCAACCGAACAUUAACAAAGCUUGAUAUUGAGGGCAACCAGAUAUCAUCUGAAGGUGGAAAAGUAAUUGCAAAAGGCUUGAAAGUCAACCGAAUAUUAACAACGCUUUAUGUUGCGGACAACCAGAUAUCAUCUGAAAAUGGAAAGGUAAUUGCAGAAGCUUCAAAAUUAAAUUGCAUGUGCUCAGCGAAGGGUGUGUGUUGCGGAGUGUAG